GUGUUGCUUACUUAUUCAUAAGAAGAUGGUUGCCCAACUUAGAUGGCCCAUUCUUGGGAUAAUCGUUCCGUGUGUUCUCAUAGCAGGCAUUGGAUAUGGGUCACAUUUGUUUGUGCUCAGACACUCGCUCUCCCACCAAAAACAAAUAGCAUUCGAGGUUUCCUUGAGCCUUCUCUGGAUUUCAUACCUAUUUGCCAUACAUGUUGAUCCUGGGUACCCUCCGGACAAUUUUGAGCCAAGACCAGGCGAAUGGAGACGGUGGUGUAAGAAAUGUCAAAACUAUAAACCCGAGAGAUCGCAUCACUGUAAAACAUGUAAUAGGUGUGUUCUCCAGAUGGACCAUCAUUGUCCAUGGACAUACAACUGCGUGGGGGCAAAGAACAUGGGCCACUUCAUGCGGUUUUUGUUUUGGAUCUUGGUGAACACUGGGUUUGUGUUCAUUGAAUUGAGCAAGCGAGCCAUGGAAUUUUACGAAGACAGAAAUCUUCCAGCCUAUUUAAUCGACAAGAAGGAACUUGUGGCAGUCAUUGUGUUAUUACCAUUGGAUAUUUUUGUGAACUUUGCCAUUUUGAUUUUGUUUGUACGGUGCUUGAGUAAUUGGGUUUUCAAGGGUAUGACCCAGAUCGAACAAUGGGAGCACGAGAGAAUCGAGUCUCAGCUCCACACAGAAAGAAUGUGGUUGCAGAUACGGAAGAACUAUAUCCACUUGCACGGUCAUGAAAUGCCGGUCUUAACUUCGUGGAACCAGAAUGCCCGUUUCUAUCUGGAAGAUAGAGGGCUGGAAGAGGAAGCAGACGAACUUGAUUACGUUGAAGAUGUAGAUAACGCUUCUUCUGAGUAUCACCAGAAGACUUCAGUGGUUCCUCAAGACUUCACUAUCGAUGACUUUGUGUUUCCCUAUGAUUUGGGUAUAGUAAAAAAUGCCAUUAAUACCUUCAACUAUCCAUGGAUGUGGCUAUUUCCCUGGACAUCUGUGAGACAGUCAGGAUACCGCUUUGAGAAAAACGAGUAUGCUGAAGACGACCAGGUAGGAUUACCAUGGCCUCCAGAUGGUGGACAUCAAGAGUACGCUCCGGACCCUGACAUCGAUUUGGAUAAUUUGGAUGUUUCUGAGUUGAGAAAUCUUCGUCAGUUGAAAAAGAGAUUAGAUCCUAGGUCUAAGCUUGAUCGUAAGGAUUGGGUUAACGGAUUAGGAGAAACUCUUGGUGAUUAUGGGGUAGAUUUGGAUGCAGAGGAUGUAGAAAAUGAUCAAUUGGUAAUGAUAAAAUAGAUUCUUUAUCUAAUACAAUUUUUUGUAUGGUAUGUAGACAAUAUAUGGUUUGGUAAUUG